UUAAUAGUACAUAAAAUUUCAACUUAUAGAACCAUUAAAGAUGUCAUUCAAAGGGUUGAAGAAAACCAUUGUUAGAGCCCCUCAAAACUUUCGUCAAAAGUUGAAUAUGGGGGAAGUUACUAAUGAUGCGGUAUACGCGGAUGCUGAAAGAAGAUUCAAAGAAAUUGAAUUAGAAACAAAGAAACUUUCAGAAGAAUCAAAGAGAUAUUUCUCAGCUGUUAAUGGGAUGUUAGAUUAUCAAAUUGACUUUUCCAAGGCCAUUGAUGAGAUUUAUAAGCCAAUUAGUGGACGAUUAUCUGAUCCAAAUUCUACUGUUCAAGAAGAUAAUCCAGAAGGGAUUAAGGCAAGUGAACAAUAUCGUGAAGUUGUCAAGGAACUUAAAGAGACUUUAAAGCCAGAUUUAGAAUUGAUUGAAAAGAGAAUUGUUGAACCUGCACAACAAUUAUUGAAAGUUAUUCAAGCCAUUCGUAAAAUGGCUACCAAGAGAGAACAUAAACAAGUUGAUUUAGAUAGACAUAAGAGAACUUUUAAGAAAUAUGAAGAUAAAAAGGAAAGAACUCCAAAGGAUGAAGAAAAGAUGUAUAGUGCAGAUGCUGAAGUUCAAGUUGCUCAACAAGAAUAUGAUUAUUAUAAUGAAAUGUUAAAGAAUGAAUUACCAAUUUUAUUUCAAAUGCAAUCUGAUUUCAUUAAACCAUUAUUUGUUAGUUUCUACUAUAUGCAACUUAACAUCUUUUAUACCUUAUACACAAGAAUGGAUGAACUUAAGAUUCCAUAUUUUGGUGAUUUAGAUAGUGAUAUUAUUGAAGCAUAUACUGCUAAAAAGGGUAAUAUUGAAGAACAAACAGAUGCUAUUGGUAUUACACAUUUUAAGGUUGGACACGCCAAAUCUAAAUUAGAGGCUGUGAAGAGAAGACAAGCUAUGAUGGCUGGUGGAGGUCCAGGUUCACCUGGAGCACCAGCUUAUGGUGGAUAUGGUGCACAAGCUGCUGCUGCUCCUCCAUAUGGAGCAGCUCCAGGAGCUGCCCCUCCUGGUCAAUUACCUGCGUAUACUUCUAAUCAAUAUGGUCAACAGUAUGGAACUGAUCAAAAGGCUACCUACACACCACAACAAGGAUAUGCUCCAGCUGCUGCUCCAGCUGCUGCUGCGCCUGUAUAUGGAGCUCCCCAAACACCUGUCUCAUCUGGGUAUGCGCAAACUCCUACAUAUGGAACCCCUCAGCCUACUGGAUACGCUUCGCCACAACCAACUGCUUAUAGCCCAGUUACUCCUCAAUCACCUGCGGUUCCACCGGCUGCGGCCACUGCAACAUGUACUGCAUUGUACGACUAUACUGCACAAGCACAAGGAGAUUUAUCUUUCACUACAGGAUCUAUCAUUGAAAUUGUUGAAAGAACAGCGGAUGUUAACGGAUGGUGGACUGGUAGAUUGAAUGGUCAAACUGGAGUUUUCCCUGGUAAUUAUGUUCAAUUGAAUUAGAGGUCAGGUGUUAUUAGAGUAUAAUUUAUGAAAAAUAUUAAUUAUA